AUGCUUCUCAGUCGCAGUAACUUAGUUCAUGAGUAUGACUAUUGCAUCGACGGCAGAAGUCUCAGCGUGAGCGUGGUCGAGAAAUUUAGGGAUCUUGGUGUAAUCACUGUCCCUUCACUCAGCCCACAUGAUCACCUGAUCCAUAUUUUCUCAAGAGUCUCUUCUCUGCUGGGGUUUAUUCAUCGCUCUACAAGACCUCUCAAAUCUCCCAUGGCACUUGUCACGCUGUACAAAUCCCUAGCCCGACCAAUCUUGGAGUACUGCUCUGUCAUCUGGAAUCCAUAUCAAACUGGCCACAUUGAAUUCUUAAACAGGAUCCAAACACGAUUUCUCAAACUACUGGGUCUAAAACUCGGGUUUCCUUUCCUUGACGUUCCUGUAGCAGCUCUCGAGGUGCAGUUCAGCCUUCACAACCGCUUCCCCUGA